UAGAAAAUCUAGCAGUUGCUCUGAUGCAGGUAGAAGGGUUUCUGUGAACUAACACAGUCUUGGUUUACUUUGGCUCUGAGAAAAGCUAAUUUGGAGUUUCCUUGUCUAAGUCUUGAAGAAAAGAUGACUAGGAAAGUUGGUUUUCCUUUAAAUUGUAAAGAAAAGGGGGUUGGGGACCUGACUUAUCUUGACUUCUUUUCUUCCCCCUAGAGAGAAAGGGAUUUGGAUCCUGGAAGAGCAUUCAGUGUGAAGUACCAGAAGAUCAACCUCUGAAACUUGUUGGGACAAAGAAGAUUCUUCUGUUAUCUAUUACUACUUGCUUUUAAUAUUACAUAAAGAAGAUCCUUGGUGUGUUGUGAGCAGGCGAGGAUUUCUCCUCCUACUGUGGGCCUGUCAUGGAUGAAGAAACUCAGCACAGCCUUGAAUGCAUCCAGGCUAAUCAAAUCUUUCCCAGAAAACAGCUGAUCCGUGAGGAUGAGAACCUGCAGGUCCCCUUCAUUGAGCUUCAUGGUGAGAGCACAGAGUACGUGGGACGAGCAGAAGAUGCCAUCAUAGCACUUUCUAAUUACAGACUUCACAUCAAGUUCAAGGAGUCUGUUGUGAAUGUUCCAUUACAGCUUAUAGAAAGCGUUGAAUGCCGGGAUAUCUUUCAGCUUCAUUUGACUUGCAAAGACUGCAAGGUUAUCAGGUGUCAGUUCUCUACGUUUGAGCAGUGUCAGGAGUGGCUUAAGCGACUGAACAAUGCCAUUCGCCCUCCUUCGAAGAUAGAAGAUCUUUUUUCGUUUGCAUACCAUGCUUGGUGUAUGGAAGUGUAUGCCAGUGAAAAAGAACAGCAUGGGGAUUUGUGCCGGCCAGGGGAGCAUGUAACAUCAAGGUUUAAAAAUGAAGUUGAACGCAUGGGUUUUGAUAUGAACAAUGCCUGGAGGAUCUCCAACAUCAAUGAAAAGUAUAAGCUUUGUGGUAGCUACCCACAGGAGAUUAUAGUUCCUGUUUGGAUCACGGAUAAGGAACUGGAGAGUGUGGCAGGCUUUCGUUCCUGGAAACGUAUCCCUGCUGUAGUUUACAGGCACCAGAGUAAUGGGGCAGUGAUUUCCCGUUGCGGACAGCCCGAGGUCAGUUGGUGGGGCUGGAGGAAUGCAGACGAUGAACACCUUGUCCAGUCAGUGGCCAAAGCCUGUGCCUCAGAUUCUAGAUCUAACAGCAACAAAUUAAUAAAUGGAAACUGUUCCAGAGAUUUCUCUAAUGGAGGGGACCUCUCCGACGUUGAAUUUGAUUCUUCAAUCUCUAAUGCUUCAGGAGCAGAGAGUUUGGCCAUCCAGCCUCAAAAGCUCUUAAUUUUGGAUGCACGAUCAUAUGCAGCUGCUGUAGCUAACAGAGCCAAAGGGGGAGGCUGUGAGUGCCCAGAAUAUUAUCCAAACUGUGAGGUGGUGUUCAUGGGGAUGGCAAAUAUCCAUUCUAUCCGGAAAAGCUUUCAGUCAUUGCGUUUGCUCUGCACACAGAUGCCAGACCCAGGAAAUUGGCUGUCAGCACUGGAAAGUACUAAAUGGCUGCAGCAUUUGUCUGUGCUUCUGAAAUCUGCUCUAUUGGUAGUACAUGCUGUGGACAGAGAUCAGAGGCCUGUCUUGGUGCACUGUUCAGAUGGCUGGGAUCGAACACCUCAGAUAGUGGCACUGGCCAAAUUGCUGCUGGAUCCAUAUUACCGGACCAUUGAGGGCUUCCAGGUGCUAGUGGAGAUGGAGUGGCUUGAUUUCGGCCACAAGUUUGCAGAUCGCUGUGGCCAUGGUGAGAAUUCGGAUGACCUAAAUGAACGCUGCCCGGUGUUUUUACAGUGGUUGGACUGCGUCCAUCAGCUCCAGAGGCAGUUUCCUUGCUCUUUCGAGUUUAACGAAGCAUUCCUUGUCAAAUUGGUGCAGCACACCUAUUCUUGCCUCUUUGGUACAUUCCUGUGCAACAAUGCAAAGGAGAGAGGAGAAAAACACACUCAGGAACGGACUUGUUCUGUUUGGUCUCUGCUGCGGGCAGCAAACAAAGCCUUCAAAAACCUGCUUUACUCCUCCCAGUCAGAAUCUGUGCUGUAUCCUGUGUGCCAUGUGCGUAAUUUAAUGCUCUGGAAUGCUGUUUACCUGCCAUGUUCUUCCCCUUCAACCCCUGCUGAUGAUACUUGUGCCCCUUACCCUGUUCCAGGCUCCAGCCCUGAAGAUCAGCCUCUGGGCAGGCUACCAAAGACGAGAUCAUUUGACAAUCUGACAACAGCCUGUGACAGCAAUGUGCCUACUAACAACCGACGUAGUAGUGAUCCCAGCCUAAACGAAAAAUGGCAAGAGCACCGCAGGUCCCUGGAGCUGAACAGUCUUGGCAAUCCAGGGGAUGAUCCAUUUGAUGGAGACAGCUUGAGCAAACAGUGCAGAGCUCCAGUUGGAGCAGAACUUUCAGUUGCAGCUGGUGUGGCAGAGGGACAGAUGGAAAACAUUUUGCAGGAGGCCACCAAAGAAGAUGUUGGUUUGGAGGAGCUCUUGAGAGGCACCCUGGGAUCAACAGGUAAAGAGGAGGAGGAGGAGGAAGAGAUUGUCCUGGAUAAGGAGAACAGAACUGAAAACCUGUGUGUUCAUGUUGAUGGCUUCUAUAAAAAGUCGGAGAGAGAUCCAGCUACAAUAAUGAACAAUCCAUUGCCCAAUCCACAUCCAGAUUCACAAGGUGCUUCUGAGUUUAAAGGGCAACAGAAUGAAUAUAUUGAUCUCAGUAACAAUAUCCAGAAGUUGCCUCAAGUGAAAGGACUACAAACUGUUACAGAGAGUACUGUAAGUAGUGAUAUUCAGAACAACAUAGAAGAAGGUGUUAGUAGGCUGCAGAUGGAAACAGAGAGUCACUAUAGUACACCACAGCCCAGCCCUCCAUUACCCAUCACAAUCCAUGAUGCAAGAACAUCCAAUAUUGAAAGUUCUACUGAAACCUUAACAGAAAAUGAAGGAAAGCAAGACCUAAUGCAGAAAGGUCCUUGCCACAGACCUCAUCUGAUAGACAACAGUGCUGUGGAGCAUUCUGAAACUGCCGAAUAUAGGCCAGAAGGGGAAAGCAUGCUAGAACUGCACAAAACGGGAACAAAAGUAAACAGGACUUCUAACAGAAAUAAUACUUACAGCCUAAUGCCUUCCCCUUGUGCCUUGCCUUUAGCUGAAAGUAAAGAGGAGAUUGUAUGUAAUGGAGAGCCAGAAACUGAGAACAAGGUGACAGAGAAACCUGCAGGGUUUAAUAUUAUCCAGAAAUACCCUGCAGCAAACGGACAUUGUGUUAAUGGAGAGGAUGGUAAGAGCAAAGCCUCCUUGAGCCGGCAGGUCUCCACAGCAAGUUGUAGUUCAGCCCAGUUUCAUUUGAGGAAUUUGCACCACAAGUGGGUACCGAGCCCUGCUGGUCGGCAACUGACAGCCAGCAGUCCAGACCAACCUGCCAGGAGCCACCUGGAUGAUGAUGGAAUGCCAGUCUACACGGACGUUAUCCAGCAGCGCCUGCGCCAGAUUGAAACUGGUCAUCAGCAAGAAGUGGAGACUUUGAAAAAGCAGGUGCAAGAGCUGAAGAGUCGUUUGGAGAGCCAGUACCUCAACAGUUCGCUACGCUUCAAUGGGGAUUAUGGGGAUGAAGUGACUUCAAUACCCGACUCGGAAAGCAAUCUGGAUCAGAACUGCUUGUCUCGCUGCAGCACAGAGAUUUUCUCUGAAGCCAGCUGGGAGCAGGUGGAUAAACAGGACACAGAGGUAACACGAUGGCUUCCAGACCACCUAGCUGCCCAUUGCUAUGGUUGUGACAGUACAUUUUGGCUUGCCAGCAGGAAGCACCACUGCAGGGACAUUGAACGUGUUGAUCAAACCUGGAAUUGUGGGAAUGUCUUUUGUUCCAGUUGCUGUAACCAGAAGGUGCCAGUUCCUAGUCAACAGCUCUUUGAACCCAGCAGAGUCUGCAAAUCUUGCUACAGCAGCUUGCACCCCAGUUGUUCCAGCCUUGAACUUGAACUGGAUAAACCCAUCACUGCCACUUCAAAUUAAAGCUCCAGCCUGGAAGGAAUGGGAGAGAGAGACAGUGCUAAUCUUCCCCUACGUGGACCCACACAUGCUUGGUGAACUGAUGCUGGUAGGACUGGAGAAGCCAUGCACUUUGGAGUUUUGAGGCAUGGAACACUGCUCGGAGGGCCAGAGCUCUAGGACGUACCACUGGAUUGUGGGACUCUUCUUUUCCAUCUAUUCCCCCCCUUUCCUUUUUAUCUUGUUUGUGUGUACAUAUAUAUAUAAUAUAUAUAUAUAUAUAUAUUUUUUUUUUUUGGUUUGCUGGAAGACUAGAGUGGGAAAGGAGGCUGGGUCCAGAGCCAGGUCUCCCUGAUGCUUUUGGCACUCCCAUUGCUGUGUUGAAGACAGACUUCUCCUUUUUAUGGAGGAAAGGAGAGGAGGGGAAUCAGUCCAGAGAUGGCGUGCAGAGCGUGAAUACCUGUAGCGUCAGUGCUAGUGCUUUCAGUCACUCCUGUUACUUCCAAACAAGAAACUGCUGUUUGGGAAACUGUUGCUGCUAGAAGAAAUGGGAAUCUCUUUCCCAAGAGAGCACUCUCCCUCUCUGUUCUUAGAGUGGGUUUAGUUAUCCUCCCUGCGUGAAAGGGGAAUCAAUCACAGAUUUCCAUACUCAGUGGCUCUGUACAUACUUAUUAUAUAAUCCAUGUGUUAUUGCCAUUAGCCAAGUUGGCCGUUAUUUUGAGUGGAAACAUCUGGACACCUUCGGCUAAGGAAAGUGUGCGCUUGUUUGAGGGAAGUGAGAAGGAAAGGGAUUGAACAGACUGCUUGUUUGGGGCUGGUUUUACACUGGCACCUCUAUGUAAGAUUCUGUAAAUGCAAUUUAUUUGAAAAACAAAAAAAAGGGGGUGAUGUCCGGGAAAUUAGAAGGCUUUUAAACUUCUACCCUUGCUCCAUUUUUAGGAUGGUUUACGCAGAAGGCAGAGCUGUUUCACUAAUAGUACAUUCAUAUGGUUCCUAUAAACAUAGGAUGAAUAUCAUACUGUAGAUCAGACUCACACUUUAAUGAGAUAACCCAAAGCAACUAAAGGACAGCUGUGAUAUGCUAACUAAAUGUCAUUACCCUCAGGCUGUCAGCCAGUAAAAGGUAGCAUACUGCCUCUGGUAUCAUCUGUGAAACAUUUCCUUCUCUUCAUUCUGCAGUCUGCAUACCUCAGACAUGAAAAUCCUGACCAAGGGCCCUAUCCAGAAUAAAACAAAUCAUGGAUUUUUCCAUGCUUUUAUAAGUCACCUCAGUAAAGUGUGAGUCUCUCUAACAGAGAACAGUGCCUAUGUCUCUUUUCCUUUUGAUAAACACUGCUUAGUACAGUUUGGAGAAGAAAGGUGCAUUAUAACGUUCUGUUCCAUGAUUUAUUGUCCAAAUUUAAGUUGUGACAGCUUCUGCUUCUGAUGUUCUCAAAAAGAACAAAUCCCAUUGAAGUAUUUGAAAGUUGUUAGUAUGAAAGUGCAAGGAAUUAUAAUGGAUCUUGGGCAAGAUGGAUACUCGCUGGUAGUGAAGCAUCAAAACAUCACCUAGAGUGAAGUUCAUACAGAGAGAAUGUCUGGUAGCACCUAAUGGGAAACAAGUGUCAAGGCCUUUUACUUUUGACAUCUGAACUUUCCACACUCUUUGAGAAAGAAGCAUAAACUGCUGUAGAGUUAAGCUAAAGAUUCACAAGACAAACAUGAAUGUUCCAAGCUGUUUCACAUAGCAGCCUAUGUACUUAAAUUACAAAGGGGCUGCUAACAAGGCUCCUUGAGUUCUUCCCUGGUACAUGCUUUGAAACACUUUCAAAUCAUCGGUAGGGAAGAGCAGACAGAAAGAUAGGGUCUCCAGUUUGAGUUGCAUCUAGAAUCAAUUGUUCCUGGAACUGCUCUAGAUGUUACAGUUUCAGGUAAAACAGAGAAAGUUGGAACAGGAGCCAGAGGAAUACACAGCUCCUAUCACUCUGGCUUUUCCAUUGAGGUUGUGAUUAGAAGUCUGAUUUUAGGGGACAUGGUAUAGUUCUGCACACUAAUAUUGUGUGGUUUUGUGGUGCAAAUAGACAGUCAAAACUAAGUCUAAGAUUCUGCAGUUCCUAAUGACAGGUGCCAAGAGGUUAUGAUACGGGUUUUUUGGGUCUGUGAUGUAUAGUGUGAAUAAAUGCUUGCAGCUCUUAGUCUUUUUUGAUCAAUGAAGCACUUUUUUAUUAAUAUUAUUUUUCUUUUUAUGUAAAGGAGGAACUGAUAUCUCUCCAUAGCUGUAUAUAUAACCCUUCUCUCCUAAAGAGAGUAAAGUGCUCCUAUAUUUUUCAUUUUUGUCAAAGCAAGAAGUAAAUACUUUAGAAUUGUUGAAUAUAUAAAUAAAAGUGAAUAAAAUUUA